GGUAUGAUGUAUUCAUUCGUGCUUGCUGGCGCUCUUGAAGGAGAGGAUAAUCAGGCUCAGGUCCAGCCUCCAGAAAGCGUGAAACUUGGACUUAGUGAUUUCAUCUUCUAUUCUGUUCUGGUCGGCAAAGCGAGUUCAUAUUUUGACUGGAACACAACUGUUGCAUGUUACGUAGCAAUCUUGGUUGGGCUCUGCUUCACUCUAGUCCUCCUAGCCGUCUUUCGUCGAGCGUUACCUGCUUUACCAAUUUCUAUCUUUGCUGGUUUGCUGUUCUAUUUUUGCACCAGAUGGAUUGUAACACCAUACGUGGCUGCUUACGAGACGGCAAUGGAUUUAAAAUUUAAUUCCGCCUUUCCUAUUCAAAUUGCCGUACUACCAACUAAACACAUCAGCAAUUCUUUCGAUAUUUAUUGCUUUUUUUCUUACCGUGCUUGA